AUGGUCACCCGUGUCGAGUUGGCCGAGCAGUCGCCUGCCACGCCGACAACACAGGAUGGCUUCUUCCAGCCUAGCGUCACCGACUCGUCCCUUGCGCAUCCUAGCAGCGAUGGCGAGUCAUCCCUCCGGGCCAAGCUGAGAGCUUAUUCGACUCGCUUGCACACUUUGCAUUGUCAGCAAUUUGAGGAGGCUGCGAACGCAGUCGAAGCUGCUGGUCGACCUUGCAGCACAAGCCGAGUCUGA